AUGGAAGGCGGCGGUCCUAUAACAAUCCGUCGGGCCACGAGAGAAGAUAUACCGGCAAUGGUGCAGAUUCUCUAUCGAGCAUUCGGGACCAAGAAUCUUUUUGCUAUGCUCUGGCCGGAGAGCCUCAAGCAUCUCAGACUCCUACCAGGUCACGGCGACCAUCUGGCGUGGAGGACCUCGCGUUUCGAAAGCAACUUUCAGGACAUGAAGCCCUGGAUGCAUUUCAUUGUCGCGGUGCAGCAAUCUCCGACUGGCGAGGAACUCAUGGUUGGGAGUGCUGAGUGGAUGGCCCCGGCCGAAAAGACAAACAGCACUCCAGACAAGGACAAAACAGAAACAGAUCGCGAGACGGAGCUUCCAGCUGGCAUGGACCAGGCAGCCUUUAGGGAGAGUCAGGCUGUCAAUAGAGCAUUUGAACAAUCCCUGGAGCAGGCUUUGGGUGAAGGCAGUCUGGAAAAAAUGUGGUAUGCCAACUCGAUCGCAGUUGAUCCAACUUAUCAGGGCAAAGGGAUUGGAACGCUGCUUACAAAGUGGGGGAUGGACCAAGCUGAGAAAGACGGUAGAGAUGUCUACUUGUUGGCGUCCGAAGCUGGCGCAUCUCUGUACAGGAAGUUGGGUUUUACAGAAAUCUGCGAAAUGCAGAAAUUUGGCAUGAGGCAGUUCGCUCUGGUCAAGAUGCAAAAAGCGUGA